CAUCGCCCUUGCUCCUCGCCUUCUCCCUCUUCCCUUCCUUCAUCUAUCUCAUCACUCCUAAUCCCUACGUUUACUCAUUUCAUCUCUUGCCAUCCGCUAAAUUUUUCCUCUCACAACUAGCUCCCCGUCUCUUCUGAAUUUCAACGCUAGCGACCAUGCAGAUCUUCGUCAAGACCCUGACUGGCAAGACCAUCACUCUGGAGGUUGAGUCCUCUGACACAAUCGACAACGUUAAGACAAAGAUUCAAGACAAGGAAGGCAUUCCUCCCGAUCAGCAGCGUUUGAUCUUUGCUGGCAAGCAGCUGGAGGACGGUCGUACCCUCUCCGACUACAACAUCCAGAAGGAAUCUACUCUCCACUUGGUUCUCCGUCUGCGUGGCGGUAUGCAGAUUUUCGUCAAGACCCUCACUGGCAAGACUAUCACCCUUGAGGUUGAGUCUAGCGACACCAUCGACAAUGUCAAGACAAAGAUCCAGGAUAAAGAGGGUAUUCCUCCGGACCAGCAGCGUUUGAUCUUCGCUGGUAAACAGCUUGAAGACGGCCGCACUCUGUCCGACUACAACAUUCAGAAGGAGUCCACCCUUCAUCUCGUCUUGCGUCUCCGUGGUGGUAUGCAGAUCUUCGUUAAGACCCUUACUGGAAAGACUAUCACACUCGAAGUCGAAUCCUCCGACACCAUCGACAAUGUGAAGACGAAGAUUCAGGACAAGGAGGGAAUCCCCCCUGACCAGCAACGCCUUAUCUUCGCUGGAAAGCAGCUUGAGGAUGGCCGUACCCUGUCUGACUACAACAUCCAAAAGGAAUCUACCCUUCACCUUGUUCUCCGACUUCGUGGUGGAAUGCAGAUCUUCGUGAAGACCCUUACGGGAAAGACUAUCACACUCGAGGUAGAAUCUUCUGAUACUAUUGAUAACGUGAAGACGAAGAUCCAGGACAAGGAAGGAAUUCCUCCAGACCAGCAGCGUCUCAUUUUUGCGGGAAAGCAACUUGAGGAUGGUCGUACUCUGUCUGACUACAACAUCCAGAAAGAGAGCACCCUUCAUCUCGUCCUUCGGCUCCGUGGUGGAAACUAAUGACUUUCUAUUUCGAUGAUUUCCUUGCGAUUAUGAUAUCCGUCGAAGGUUUCAAUGACCUGCAUGGCGUUUGGAUGGUAUGAAUGGCUUUUCUUUACUCGGGUGGCCUGGGCAUAUUCUUAGCACCUUGGUUCAUAGUUCUUCAAUCUUCUACAAUGAAAUGAACCAAUUAUCUCUGGUAC